AUGGCGACCACUCAUGUCCACUCGGCAAAUGCGACAGUCUCCAAUGCUCCAUCCCAUCCAGGAGUUUUAUUUGUUGAGAGACUCCCAGGUUCCUUUGCCUCUCGCCUUGUUUCUCUCAAGCCUUUCAAGCCCGGCGACGUCGUUGCUCGCCUCGAAGGUCUUACCGUCGGACCUAAAGCCUACAGCAGCGUUCAAUGUGGGACGGGAGACGAUGAGCACGUAGAACUCAACUCCGAUUUGCUCUACAUGAAUCAUUCGUGCGAACCAAACGUCGUUGUAGAUGUCUCCUCUUCUGACAGACAUAAUUGGCACGUUCGUGCUGUCAAGGACGUGCGUGUCGGGGAUCUACUUUGCUUUUUCUAUCCCAGCACGGAAUGGGACAUGGAGCAGCCCUUUGAUUGCACUUGCGGUGCAAGGACCUGCCUGAAGACCAUCAAAGGCGCACGCUACCUUUCACGUGAAGAACUCGGUCGGCGAAACUUUAUCAAUGCACAUAUCUGGAAAAUGGUACAGGAGAGAGACAAUACAGGCAAUAAUGUCCCCAUCAAAGCCAAAUUGUAA